AUGUUCGCCAGAGGGAGUCUCCGUUUGCUCAGACCGCUGACCCGGCGUGUUUCCAGCGCACCAAACCCCCCCGCGCCAAAAAGACGGUUCGGCCUGGUCUCCAGGACGUUUUUCACCGCGUCGGGACUCGGACUCGCCGCGUACACUUACGACACGGUCCUGGGAGCCGGGAUUACCAACAGAACCGUGCGGUCGUUGUCGACGCUGAUCGUCAUGUCGGUUGAUUACAAGCGGAAUUUCGAAGAGGGUAAAGAUAUAGAGGCCUUGCACGAAAGAAACGCUCAACGGCUGUACGAUCUGUUGAUUGCAAACAAAGGACUGUACAUUAAGAUGGGCCAGAUGAUUGCUUUGCAAGGAAUGGUGUUCCCGAUCCAGUACCAGCAAAAGUUUAGCCAGCUGUUUGACAAGGCGCCAAGAGACGACUGGGACACUUGCGAUAAGGUUCUGAAGGAGGAGCUCGGCGCCGACUAUAGAGAACGGUUGUUUGAGUCCUUUGAUAAGACGCCUGUGGCUAGUGCGUCUGUGGCGCAGGUGCAUAAGGCGAAGCUGUUGACUGGCGAGGAAGUUGCGGUCAAGAUCCAGCACGAGGCCGUGACGAAGCAGAUGUGGGUGGAUCUGGCCACGUACCGGUUUGUGAUGAAGGUUUGUGAGUGGGUGUUUGACAUGCCGUUGACGCCGACCGUGAGAUAUGUUACCAAGAAGAUGACCGAGGAGGUGAACUUCGAGAUCGAGAAACGCAACGGCGAGCUGAUCUCGUCGUAUAUCCAGAAAGACCCCGAGUUCCGCAAGAAUGUGUACAUUCCCAAGUAUUUCCCAGAGGCCUCGUCCAAACGGGUUUUAUCUGCAGAGUGGAUCAACGCAGACACCAUCGGCGACUAUUUGGCGUUGGGGGACAAGGGGUACAACAUCAAGAAGCUGAUGAAUAAUAUCAUCAAGGUGUACUCGAGACAGGUGUUUCAAUGGGGGUUGGUCCAUUGCGAUUUGCACCCAGGGAACCUGAUGGUGAGAUUUUUGCCGGAUAAGACACAGCAGCUUGUGAUAUUGGACCACGGACUUUACGAGUACUUUGGCGACGAGUUCCGGCGUCAGUACGCCCAAUUUUGGCGGUAUUCUUUCGAAUGGGACAUGAACAAGCUGCAACAGGUGCUGGUUGAGUGGGGAAUAGAUCUGAGCCAGAUUUCAGACGGCCUCAACAUGAUGGACCCAAAGCAACGGGAGGAGAUGCGUGGACGGAUGCGCGAGAUGCGGAAGUUGUCUUAUUUUGAAAGACAGCGGCUCAUGAGCGAAAAGACCCGGCAAUUCUUCAAGAACUCGGACAAGUUCCCAAUGACUUUGCUAUUCAUCAUGCGUAGCAUGCGGAUUGUCCAAGGUCUGAACAAGCGGUUUGGAUCGCCGUGCAACAGAGUGGACAUGCUGGCGACCGAGGCCAUCAAGACGGUCGAGCUGUUCAACCUAGACGACGACAAGUUCCAGUCUGCGUUGAGAAGAUACCUCACUUACACCAUCUUCCGGAUCACGUACUUUGUGCGGUUCCACUACAACAAGCUGCACAAACAGGUUUCCAAAUGGUUCAAUGGUAAGCCUGUGCGCGACCUGGAGGAAGAGUACGAAAGGCAAGCCGUAGAUGCCAGCAAAGGCAUGGGACUGGACGCUGGCUCCCUGCGGCUGGAGCUUGCCGAUAGACUCCGACUGGCGUAUUCAUGUCGUUUACUGUACAAGACGGUGAUUCCUCAGGUUUACUCACAUAUACUAUAUUUGGACAACAAGACGGUUUGCGACAAGAAUUUCGACGUCGAGCUGGUUUCUGAUAGAUACACUUUGGUAGGGCCAGCUGGGUUGCGCGGAUUAUUGCAAACUCUGUCGAUGACGAGCUGUAUGAAUUUCAAGUAUGCGGACAUGGUUUUGGAGCUGUUUCUGGAGGAUGCGCAGUCACAAUCGGACCAGUUGGUACAAUGGCGUGCAACAAACCCGGUUUUUCCCAACUUAGUGGAUUACCGGUUCCCGGCCACCGUUGACCUGUCCCCGCUGAGUUUCCUGGAGGCCCCCAAUCUGGAGACUCUUGUGGUGGAUGUUAAUUUCUGCAACGAGGUGGAACGCAACCAGGGCCUGGUCAGCUUUGUGAACCUUGUUCAUCUGCGAACGCUCGUGUUUGCCGGCAAGCUGGCCCGCAACGAGGACAUGGUGAUCUACCGGCUGCUGACGUCGUACCCGCACUCGAUCAAACGGUUGAGCGAGUUGCGGUUCGAGUGCAACGGCGAGUCCGGCGACAGAGUGUACCGACGGGUUGUGGGAGUGAUGGCGAUCUUGCGGAAGAUUGGCAUGCUGCUCAACAACCUGUCCAAGAUCGCGCUUCCCUUGACCAACCACUCGACUCCGGUGAUUUUGAAUCUCAUCAGCAAACACGUCCAUCUGGAGCAUCUGAGCAGCUUAGAACUAUUUAUCGAGGACGACGGCGGAGUGUUGAACCUGCUCACCACAGUGCAACAUCUGGCGUCGAUGCUCAGACCGAAAAGCGGCAAUAUCCGCGAACUAUCUGUCCAUUACAAACUCACCAAGCCAGACAUAGACAAGAACCAUUUGCGGUCCAUGAUGCUGCUCAAGUUUAUGGAAUCGUUCAAACACCUGCACAAGGUGUCGAUCGACCUUGAGGUCGAGGGCCUGGACCUCUCGAACCUGCUUAUGAUUGUCGGCACACCAUUGUCCGGCAACACCCGAUCUCUAAGAGACAUUCGACUCAACAUCAACACGCCGUCCGAGAACCUUGUGGCAAACCUGCUCAACAGCGCCGACGACCUGCAUGACCUGUUUCCGAACCUCAACUACAUGAACAACUGUCCGUGCGACAAGUGUGCCACCAUCUAUAAACAGCUAGAGUCCCUGCCAUCGGAGAUCAGACAGGAGGCCGUCAGAGUGUCGACUAUGAUGGUCAUUGGCAACGAGCUCGACCGCAGCCAGCUUCAGAGCGACCCGAUCAGGUCCAGACGCAGGUUCCUGCGGACCCAGACUGCCCCGUUGGGGUACUUGUUUGACCAUUUUGUUGGUAGCCAGCUCAACGCUUCACUAAGUGUAUUCCCGAACCUCAAGAUAUUCGAGGUAUGCGGCCUGAUCUAUCACCAGACGGGCCCUGAGUUCAAGCUGUUGCUGGGCCCCGAGUUCCAGGGACUGGAUCCCGAGUCCGAGGCCGCUCUGCUCGACAUGGGCCGCGUGCUUUCCGGCACAGAGCCAGGACUCAAGUCGCUGUCGAACGUGAAGUCGUCGGAGCGCCGCAGACUGUUUGCGACGAUCUGCGAACAUUACGGGCUGGACGAGGCAGAUCUUGUGGCGCGGGACGUGGCGAAGCUCGUGCUACCCGCAGAGAUCAAGUAUGCCGACUUCAAGUCCCCCAAGGCGUGGGGGACCAUCUACACGGACCUGGACGGUGUGCCGAUCUGGUUCAAGACGAGAAACUCGCCACUGAUUCCGUCGCUGUUCACGCUGUGGAAGUACCCGCGCAUUGUGCCCAUGGUGACCACGCAUCAGUACGUGAUCGAACGGCUUGUUGGAGGCUCGAACCUGAUGUUGCCCGGCACGCUGCCGCCGUUUUCCCCGGGAACCAAAAAGGGCGCCGUCGUGGCCGUGGACGACUACAAGCACCCGAACGUGGCCGUUGCGGUCGGGUUCUGCGAGAUGGAUCUCGAGAACGUAACGGACGUGGUGGGGUCGCAGGGCGUUGCCGUGGAGCUCGUGCACGUGUACGAGGACUGGCUGUGCGGGAUGGUUAAGGGGGCCAAGUUGCCCGACAAGGUUGAUGUAGAGCCGCAGCUGGUGGACGAGUCGGUGAGCGCGACGAGCGAGCAAGUUGCGCAGCUCGAGAUCGCCGAGCAGCCGGCCACACCGCGCGAACAAGUUGCCCUCACGCCGCAGGACAUGGACGGCCUGUUCCUGAACGCAACGCUGUACACUCUGAGCCAGGACUCGGUGGAGACGCCGAUCGACGCGUCGCUGUUCAUGUCUGCCCAUGUGUUGAAGAACUUCCCUCCCAUGGACAGCAGUCUGAUCAACAUCAAGAAGACGAGUUGGAAGAAAACCGCCAAGUAUCUCAAGGCGAUGGAGAAGGAGGAUCUGUUAAAAGUGAAGGGCAAGGGCGACGAUUUGGUGGUGGUUGCACUGAACAAAGAUAACGAGCAGGUGAAGAAGUUUGAGCCGUACCGGGUGAAGAAGACCAAGACGGGAUCUUCCAAGGCAGCCCAGUCGGGCGAGGCCUCAUCGGUGACACUCAAUCAGAUGUACAAGGCACAUUCCUCGGCAACCAACUUUCUACGUGCGGUGGACUCCGUUAAGGACUACUACACUCAGACAGAGAUCAAAUCAUUGGUUGGCCAAUACAUACAGAAACAGAAUCUGGUGGAUCCAAAGAACCCGAAAAGCAUUGUUGCGGACGAAGUGUUGCAACGGUUGCUGAAAACUGAAAAGAUCGAACGCUCGAAAGUGGUGGACGUUGUGAUAAAGCAGCAUUUUUCACCGUACUACCAAAUAGUCCGGGGCGACGAGUCCACGAAACCGAAAAAGGGCCUGCCCCCAUCGAUCAAGGUGAUCGAGGAAACCAAGAUUGGGCGCAAGAUCGUCACACGCGUGGUGGGCGUGGAGGAGUUUCUGGUGGACCCUGACGAGAUCAGCUCUGUGCUCAAGGUGAAGUGUUCUGGCUCGUCCACGGUGACCAACAACGUGCAGAACCCAAAGGUGAUGGAGGUGACGGUGCAAGGGCCGCACUUCAAAACCGUUCAGGAGGUGCUGGUGAAACAGCUUGGCCGGCUCCGACACGAGCUUGUACUGGUUUCCGUACUUCUUGAUGACGGACUUGGCGUUGAUCCAGUACUGUUUGAUCUGCGGCGACACGGACGGGUGCGAGAACAGGCCGUCUGCGCGGACCUCGAUUUUCUUGAAACAGGUUCUGGUGAAGAUGGAUUUCUCGUAUCUAAACUUGAUGAAGGCCCCAUAAACAACAAGCGCGAUCCAGAACCCGCGAGACCAGAUCAGGGCCUUGAACACAAUGUACACGAACGUGGCGAUCUCGAAGUUGGCCGCGUAGUACAUGGACAGGUCGUUAUAGUUCUUGACAAAGGCUCCGAGCUUGUUGGAGAGACCGGCUUCGUUCUUGAGGCCGAGUUUUGGCAGAAUGGCUCCUCUGAAGUAGUUGAUGGAGUGGAAGAACGAGAAGAACCCAAAUGGGAAGAUUGCAAGGGAGAUUCUUGGCAGAACCAGCAACAAGGCAGACGCAAUCAAGGUGUACUGGACGUUAUCGUCGGCAAGCAGGGCUUUUGGGUUGUUCACCUUCAAGGUGCCUGUUUUGUAGCCCUGGUGGAUGAUGAUACCGAACGAUUCAAUCACAGCCACGAAAAUCAAGUUGUAACUGAGUCUGUGUGCCUUCCCCUUGGAUCUGAAGGUUAG